AUGGCGAGGAAAAUGGUAGACGCUCAUGGGCACCCGCAAAUGAGGAAAUUGACGGAGCUUAUCAGCGCUGGCGACUUGAAGAGAAGAUGUGAUACGAUUGGCGUUAAAAUGGUGGUUGCGUGCAGUACUGGGCCGGAAGACUGGGAAAAGACCGUUCGUCUCGAUCACUCUCUGUAUAAACCACAAGUUGGCAUUCAUCCGUGGUAUGUUACAGAAAAUAUGGUAGAUGACCUUGGUGACGGAUAUUCAGAAUUCCCAUGGCGAUACAGUUGA